UCUACACCUUAUCAGAAGGUAAUAUAAGGCAGGAACGAGGACAGCGUCUCUAGAGUAACUCUUCUCCAAGAUAAGAGAUACAAUGCUCCGUGUCUGGGCAUUUGUCAGUCUUCUGGGUUUGGCUUAUAGUGCCACUCAGGGCGUGACCGUCAAAACUCAAUGGAAUGGUGGUUUUAGUGGCACCUUCACCAUCGUCUCUACCGCCACAGUUCACGGCUGGAAGGCGCACCUUGUCUGUGACAGCCCCAUAAAUUCUCUCGAGAUUUGGACAGCAGACAUUGUAUCUCACAACGCUGAUAAGACAGAAUACGUUGUCGUAAACAAACCAUGGGAUGCCGACAUCCCGUCAGGAGGUUCCCUAGAUGUUGAUAUUGUAGGGCGAACGCCUGGAAUGGACUCGGCACCAAACUGUCGAUGUUUUAUCGAAGGACAAGGUGGGGGAAGUGGGACGCAGACACAGGCCCCCACACAAGCACCCGCAACAAGCGCUCCAUCUGGUGGAACCGGAACCCAAGCGCCAUCUGGUGGCUCUGGAACUCAUACGUCAACUGGCGGGCACGAAACUGUUACUUCAGGAGCUAGUUGCGGAAGCGCUAAAAGCACAAAGUACAACUACGGCCAGGCUUUGGGUCUAUCUAUUCUGUUCUACGAUGCCCAGAGAUCAGGAAAGAUGCCAGCCAACAAUCCUAUACCCUGGAGGCAUGAUUCAGCCAUGAAUGAUCAUGGAGACGGGGGAGUGGAUCUUACAGGAGGGUGGUACGACGCUGGUGACCACGUGAAGUUCAACUUGCCCAUGGCAUUCUCUGCUCACGUGCUAGCCUACGGCUUAAAUCGAUGGAAGGACGGUUACGAAGCGGCCAAUCAGCUCCAAAACAUGUACGAUAUGUUGAGGACACCGCUGGACUACUUUAUGAAGUGUUGGAGGCCCCAGUCCCAGGAAUAUUACGCCCAAGUCGGAAACGGUGCCAUAGACCACGCUGUUUGGGGUCGUCCUGAGGAUAUGAAUAUGGCCAGACCCGCCUACAAAUGUACUGCAAGCAAUGGCGGAUGUAGUGACGUAGAGGGCAUAACUGCAGCAGCGUUGGCGUCCGCCUCCAUGGCGUUCAAAUCGAAAGACCCCUCUUAUUCCCAUAACCUGCUUACGGCUGCUAAGAGUUUGUAUGAUUUUGCUAACACGCACAAAGGCAUUUACAACAAGGGACCUAUCUCGGACGCUACUUCGUAUUACGGGUCUACUGGAUACAAAGACGAGCUGUGCGUUGCAGCCAUGCAAUUGUACAAAGCCACAAAACUUCCCAAGUAUCUGGCAGACGCCAAAGCAAACUUUGAAGGAGAUGGUGCCGCCUGGGCUCUCUCAUGGGAUGAUGAACACGUCAUGUGUGAGUUGCUGCUGUAUGAAGAGACAAAGGAAGCUAAAUACAAGACGUUGGUGGAUUCUUUCGUAAAGUCCUAUAUGCCUGGUGGCUCCGUCCAUCAGACGCCAUGUGGUCUAGCGUGGAGAGACAUGUGGGGCUCUCUUAGAUAUUCAGGAAAUGCCGCUUUUAUCGCUCUGGCUGCUGCCGAGGACGGAAUUGGUGGUGACGAUUACAAAAAGUGGGCCCUGAGUCAGAUUAAUUAUAUACUGGGCGAUAACAACCACCACAUGAGCUACGAGAUUGGAUACGGAAGCAAUUACCCCAGACAACCUCAUCACAGAGGAAGUUCUUGUCCCAAUCCUCCGGCCGGAUGUGGUUGGAAUGAAUUUAACAACCCUGGACCCAGCCCUCAAUUACUGAAGGGAGCUUUGGUGGGUGGUCCAGGACAGAAUGAUGAAUAUUCCGACUCCAGGAAAGACUACACCAAGAACGAGGUCACGUGUGACUACAAUGCCGGCUUCCAGUCAUCACUUGCCGCUCUGACCAGCAUGGCCAAACGAGGUUGUCUCCCCGACUCUCCGCCAGCCAAGUGUUGAAGCUGAGCAUACUUCUUCCAUGUGUGAUCAAAUUUUGGGAAAAUAAAUUAACGAUCUUUUAA